CUGAUGGGUGCUUUGAACGAUGACGAUUCUUCAGUUUGCAGCACAGUCAAUCUUCAACCUCCAGAGCCUGAACCUGAAGAAAUAGUGGAAGAAGAACCAGAACCCGUGGAGCCAGAAUCCUGCUUCACUGACAAAUGUGUGAUGAAGUGGCCGUGUUUGACCGUGGACAUUUCCAGCGGCAAAGGCAAGCUGUGGUGGAACCUUCGUAAGACUUGCUUCACCAUAGUGGAGCAUGACUGGUUCGAAACCUUCAUAAUUUUCAUGAUCCUCCUCAGCAGUGGAGCUCUGGCUUUUGAAGACAUACACAUAGAACGACGCCGCACCAUCAAAAUCUUUCUGGAGUAUGCUGACAAGAUUUUCACCUACAUCUUUGUCAUCGAGAUGCUCCUUAAAUGGGUCGCGUACGGCUUCAAGACUUACUUCACCAACGCUUGGUGCUGGUUAGACUUUUUCAUUGUGGAUGUCUCCUUGAUUAGUUUAGUGGCCAACUGGCUGGGAUACUCCGACCUUGGACCAAUCAAAUCGCUCAGAACCCUGAGAGCACUGAGGCCUCUUCGAGCGCUGUCAAGAUUCGAAGGCAUGAGGGUUGUGGUGAAUGCGCUCGUUGGAGCGAUUCCCUCCAUCUUCAACGUGCUGCUGGUCUGUUUGAUUUUCUGGCUCAUCUUCAGCAUCAUGGGCGUUAAUCUGUUCGCUGGCAAGUUUUAUCGCUGCAUCAACACCACCUCGGGUGAACUCUUCCCCAUGUCAGAGGUCAACAAUCACAGUGAAUGCAUGGCCCUGAAGGAGGCCACACAGGAGGCUCGCUGGGUAAACGUCAAAGUCAACUACGACAAUGUUGGACAGGGAUACCUGUCUCUGCUUCAAGUGGCAACCUUUAAAGGCUGGAUGGACAUUAUGUARGCUGCUGUGGACUCAAGAGAGGUUGAGGAGCAACCAUCUUACGAGAUCAACCUCUACAUGUAUCUAUAUUUUGUUAUCUUCAUCAUCUUUGGUGCCUUCUUCACCUUAAACCUCUUCAUCGGUGUCAUUAUUGAUAAUUUCAACCAACAAAAGAAAAAGUUGGGAGACAAAGAUAUUUUCAUGACGGAAGAGCAAAAAAAAUACUAUGAGGCCAUGAAGAAACUUGGUUCCAAGAAGCCGCAGAAGCCAAUCCCACGCCCAACGAACCCAAUCCAGGGCGUGGUGUUUGACUUCAUCAACCAGCAGGUCUUCGACAUCUUCAUCAUGGUUCUCAUCUGCCUCAACAUGGUGACUAUGAUGGUGGAAACCGAUGACCAAAGUCCGGAGAAGGAGGAUUUCCUUUUUAAGCUGAACGUGGCGUUCAUCGUCGUCUUCACCGGGGAGUGUGUGCUGAAGCUCUUCGCGCUGCGGCAAUACUUCUUCACCAACGGCUGGAACAUUUUUGAUUUCAUCGUUGUCAUCCUGUCGAUAGCUGGUACGAUGCUCUCAGAUUUAAUCGAGAAGUACUUUGUGUCACCGACUCUCUUCAGGGUGAUCCGGCUGGCCAGGAUUGGCAGGAUUCUGCGUAUCAUUAAAGGAGCUAAGGGUAUUCGGACGCUUCUCUUUGCUCUGAUGAUGUCCCUCCCUGCUCUGUUCAACAUCGGCCUCCUGCUCUUCCUUCUCAUGUUCAUCUUUGCCAUCUUUGCCAUGUCAAAUUUCGCCUACGUCAAAAAGGAGGCUGGGAUCGAUGACAUUUUUAAUUUUGAGACGUUUGGUGGUAGCAUUAUCUGCUUGUUCCAGAUUACGACAUCAGCGGGCUGGGACGGGCUUUUGCUUCCGAUGCUGAACCGGGAGCCUCCGGACUGCGAUCCAGAAUGCGAAAACCCAGGCACGGAUGUGAAAGGUAACUGCGGCAGCCCGCUGAUGGGCAUGGUGUUCUUCUGCAGCUACAUCAUCAUUUCCUUCUUAGUCGUGGUCAACAUGUACAUCGCCAUCAUCUUGGAGAACUUCAACGUGGCCCAGGAGGAGAGCGGCGACCCCCUCUGCGAGGAAGACUUUGAGAUGUUCAAUGAAACGUGGGAGAAGUUUGACCUGAACGGAACGAUGUUCAUCAAGUACAGCCAGCUCUCAGAUUUCUGCGAUGCCUUGCAGGAACCACUAAAGGUUCCAAAGCCCAAUCUGCUUCACCUGAUCAAAAUGGAUCUGCCCCUGGUGAUUGGGGACAGGAUCCACUACCUGGAUGUGCUGUUGGCUGUCACUCAGAUGGUACUGGGAGACACGGUGGAGAUGGCGGCCAUGGCAAAGAGCGUUGAGAUUAAGUUCUCUUUAAGCAACCCCACAAACGACUCCUUCGCACCUAUUACCACAACCGUACGCCACAAAGAAGAGCAGAGGGCUGCUGUGGUUGUUCAGAGGGCCUACCGCAGACACCUUCUGAAGCGCUGCGUACGCCACGCCGCCUUCAUGCACCGAUUAAAGAGGGUGGGUAGAAAAGACGAAAGUGACGAUCCUCCCGAGAAGGAGGGGUUGCUCACUCGAAGGAUGGGGGUGCUCUAUGGGAGCAACACAGACCUCGCUGAGGAAAUGGAGCAAAAUGAUUUGCAAACUCUAGCAACCCAGGAGCAACUUAACGCAGAGACAGCGUCACAGUGUGACCACAAGCCCCGUGAGCCAAACAUAAUUGUCGUUCCUGUUGAAAUUACAAAUGAGGUUUUAUUACAUUCUGCCCCCAAUCGACACCUCCUGAAAGAGUCUGUUGUAUGACGAAGAUAAAGAUGUUGUACACUAGAUUCUUCUUUUUUUUAAACAGUAAAUAAAUCAGUGCUAGUCAGUUCAAAGCUUCUGAAGUUAACUUUAUUUUGAAAGAACAAUUUAGAGCUUGUUGAUGCAAACAAUCACUUCAGUUGUUUUUUUAUGGAACCUUUAGCAGGAUAGACUAUAACAGGGGUGGCCAAGGUGGGUUUUUGUGUAGGGGGUGGGGGGUGCAUACACAAAUGAAAAAAGAUGGCAGCCAAAGCUAAUUCCAAGUGGCUUUAAUUCAGCUGUUUUAAUAAAUACUGGGCUAAUUUUUUUUUUGUGAUCAUAGCUAAGAAUGAUAAAAAAAAAA